CAGCAAUCAGAGCUCUCCCCCUCACAUCAGUGGCAUGCUUCGUGGAGAUAUGCUCCUCUCACUGCCCGGUGCACCAGCAACAUGGAUUGUCACCUCUCCAUCCUCGUCUUGCUCAUCUGCUGCGUCCUCAGCUGCUCCGGGGAACUGAGCCCACAGCCUUCCAACGAAGUUAACCUUCUAGAUUCAAAAACAAUUCAAGGAGAGCUGGGCUGGAUCUCCUACCCAUCACACGGGUGGGAAGAGAUCAGUGGUGUUGAUGAGCAUUACACACCCAUCAGGACUUACCAGGUGUGCAAUGUCAUGGAUCACAGCCAAAAUAAUUGGCUGAGGACAAACUGGGUCCCAAGAAACUCAGCUCAGAAAAUCUAUGUGGAGCUCAAGUUCACACUACGGGACUGCAACAGCAUUCCAUUGGUUUUGGGGACUUGCAAGGAGACCUUUAACCUGUACUACAUGGAGUCUGACGAUGAUCAGAGUGUGAAAUUCCGCGAGCAUCAAUUUACAAAGAUUGACACCAUUGCAGCCGAUGAAAGUUUCACCCAGAUGGAUCUUGGAGACCGCAUUCUGAAACUCAAUACUGAGAUUAGAGAAGUGGGGCCGGUCAACAAAAAGGGGUUUUAUUUGGCUUUUCAAGACGUUGGUGCUUGCGUUGCCUUGGUGUCUGUGAGAGUGUACUUCAAAAAGUGCCCGUUUACUGUGAAGAAUCUGGCUAUGUUUCCAGACACAGUACCCAUGGACUCCCAGUCUUUGGUGGAGGUUAGGGGCUCUUGUGUCAAUAAUUCCAAGGAGGAGGAUCCUCCCAGGAUGUACUGCAGCACAGAGGGGGAAUGGCUUGUACCCAUCGGGAAGUGCACCUGCAACGCUGGUUAUGAAGAACGAGGUUUCAUAUGCCAAGCUUGUCGACCAGGCUUCUACAAGGCCUCAGAUGGUAUUGCCAAGUGUGCUAAGUGCCCACCACACAGCUCGACACAUGAAGACGGUUCAGUGAACUGCAGGUGUGAGAAUAAUUAUUUCCGGGCAGACAAAGACCCUCCAUCCAUGGCUUGUACCCGACCUCCAUCCGCACCAAGAAAUGUUAUCUCUAACAUAAACGAGACCUCAGUUAUCCUGGACUGGAGCUGGCCCCUGGACACAGGAGGCCGGAAAGAUAUUACCUUCAACAUCAUAUGUAAAAAAUGUGGUUGGAAUGUGAGGCAGUGUGAGCCGUGCAGCCCCAACGUCCGCUUCCUCCCUCGGCAGCUCGGACUCACCAACACCACGGUGACAGUGACAGACCUCCUGGCACACACUAACUACACCUUUGAGAUCGAUGCCAUUAAUGGGGUGUCAGAGCUGAGUUCACCACCGAGACAAUUUGCUGCAGUCAGCAUCACGACUAAUCAGGCUGCUCCAUCACCUGUCGUGACAAUUAAGAAAGAUCGGACCUCCAGAAAUAGUAUUUCUUUAUCUUGGCAAGAACCUGAGCAUCCAAAUGGAAUUAUUCUCGACUAUGAAGUCAAAUACUAUGAAAAGCAGGAACAAGAGACGAGUUAUACCAUUUUGAGGGCAAGAGGCACAAAUGUUACUAUCAGUAGCCUCAAGCCAGAUACUACUUACGUAUUUCAAAUUCGAGCUCGAACAGCAGCGGGAUAUGGAACAAACAGCCGCAAGUUUGAGUUUGAAACUAGUCCAGACUCUUUCUCCAUCUCUGGUGAGAACAGUCAUGUGGUGAUGAUUGCCAUUUCAGCAGCCGUGGUCAUCAUUGUCCUCACUGUUGUCAUUUAUAUAUUGAUUGGGAGGUUCUGUGGCUAUCACAAGUCAAAACACAGUUCAGAUGAGAAGCGUCUUCACUUUGGGAAUGGGCACUUAAAACUUCCAGGUCUCAGGACUUAUGUUGAUCCGCAUACCUAUGAGGACCCGACACAAGCAGUUCAUGAGUUUGCCAAGGAGUUGGAUGCCACCAACAUAUCCAUUGACAAAGUUGUCGGGGCAGGUGAAUUUGGAGAAGUUUGCAGUGGUCGCUUAAAACUUCCUUCAAAAAAAGAGAUCUCAGUGGCCAUCAAGACCCUGAAAGUAGGCUACACAGAGAAGCAGAGGAGAGACUUCCUGGGAGAAGCGAGCAUCAUGGGACAGUUUGACCAUCCCAACAUCAUCCGGCUGGAAGGAGUUGUCACUAAAAGUAAGCCAGUGAUGAUCGUUACAGAAUACAUGGAAAAUGGCUCCUUGGACAGUUUCUUACGUAAACAUGAUGCGCAGUUCACAGUCAUCCAGUUGGUGGGAAUGCUCCGAGGAAUAGCAUCAGGUAUGAAGUACCUUUCGGAUAUGGGCUAUGUCCACCGGGACCUUGCUGCUCGGAACAUCUUGAUCAACAGCAACUUGGUGUGUAAAGUUUCUGACUUUGGACUCUCUCGGGUACUUGAAGAUGACCCAGAAGCUGCUUAUACGACUAGAGGAGGGAAGAUACCAAUACGAUGGACAUCACCAGAAGCAAUUGCCUACCGCAAGUUCACAUCCGCUAGCGACGUGUGGAGUUAUGGGAUUGUUCUCUGGGAAGUUAUGUCUUAUGGAGAAAGACCAUAUUGGGAGAUGUCCAAUCAGGAUGUAAUUAAAGCAGUGGAUGAGGGCUACCGCCUCCCGCCUCCCAUGGACUGCCCAGCUGCCUUGUAUCAGCUGAUGCUGGACUGCUGGCAGAAAGACAGGAACAACAGACCCAAGUUUGAGCAGAUUGUCAGCAUUCUGGACAAGCUCAUCCGGAAUCCAGGCAGCCUGAAGAUCAUCACCAGUGCAGCAGCAAGGCCAUCAAACCUUCUUCUGGACCAAAGCAAUGUUGACAUCACUACCUUUCACACAACAGGUGACUGGCUUAAUGGUGUCCGGACAGCACACUGUAAAGAAAUCUUCACUGGGGUGGAGUACAGCUCCUGUGACACCAUUGCCAAGAUCUCCACAGAUGACAUGAAAAAGGUUGGUGUUACUGUGGUUGGGCCACAGAAGAAGAUCAUCAGCAGCAUUAAAGCUCUUGAAACACAAUCUAAGAAUGGUCCAGUUCCAGUGUAAAGUACAAGAAAGAUGUGAGAAAUGAAGAUGCAUCCUGAAAGUGAUGGAAAUGAUGGAGACACCACUGAAAGCUCCAAGUCUAAUAAGACGCUCAGUUAUAAGUCCAAAUGCCUUAAAAUGAAAUUGAAAAUGUCUUUAUUUUCCCCUAUCA